UGCAAUCGUCAAAGAGGCAAUCAAUCAGCUGUUUUUGGCCAAAAAAGAAAACAAAGUUUUUUCAUAAAUUAAUUAUUUUGGAAUAAGCUUCUGAGUUGAAGAAUCCUCAGUAGAGAGGGAUUUACCGGGACUGUGAUGGCUCUAGUGAGAAUUCCAGAACAAAAGAUAAUACUCUGCGGGGAAUAUGGUGUUGGGAAAUCAAGCCUUUUCCGGCGAUUCCUGAACAACACCUUCGUGCCAACUUCCAACCGGGCGUCCACCCUGGGGCUCGAUCAUUUCGACAAGAGCUACACCGUAGGAGACAAGGAGAUCAAGCUCCAACUCUGGGAUACAGGCGGGAUGGAGAGGGUGGCUUCAAUCACAUCGAGUUACUAUAAAUUUGCCGAGGCUGCGAUACUGGUGUUCGCCCUGGACAAUGCUGCCAGCUUCCAUUCACUGUCCCAGCACAUGCUGGAGAUUGUUACUUAUGCAGAAAAUGCCAAAAUCUAUUUGUGCGGCAACAAGUCCGACCUGGAAGUCAGCACGCCCCAAGUGACUGAUUCGGACAUGGAGGCGUUCUGCGAACAGUGCCAUAGUCUCAUUAGUUCCACCUACAAGACGUCCUGCAAGACGGGCGAGGGUGUCGAGGAGAUGUUCAGAGAUAUUGCAACUCAUCUCGUCACCCUCAAUCGUUCGCGCUUCGAAUUGCAAGCCCUGGAGCAGCAUGGCUUCAAGAUUGAAGCGGCCGAGGAGGAGGGCAGGGAUCCUUCCUGCAUCUGCUAGGGUCUACUCCUGAACUGCUACACCAAAUCACCAGGUACUCUACUCAACAUCACCAAUCUCUCUGAAUUUUUACAACCAGAUGUUGGGCUUGGUCCAAGAAGUCUCUUGACAUGCUGACAACUAUUUUUUUUCUUUUUUAAUUUAAUACAUUUAUUAUUCCACCGCUUAAUCGAAAAAAAGUGAAACAAGUAUUAAA